GUCCUUGCUGCUGACUAGUGCCGGCCUCUUCGGCUAGUUAGACGCAGCCGUGGAACGAUGAAUCUGAGCAGGUUCGGUCCGUCGGACACUAGGAGCAGUCGGCGUGCCUGGUGCCGUGGAGAAGACCUCGCCUGGGUUCGUCGGGCAGUUCUUCCGAAAGUGACCUGCAAGACCACAUCCAAGGCAAAGACCCUAUGUGAACCAUCACUCACCAGGAUGCCUUCGGCCACACAGGGAUUUGCUAUCUGGUCACCGCUCAAUUCUUGUGCCCCAUUUCUAUUGAGUUUCUUAAUCGAGAUGAUGGGUACAAGAGGUGGUGGUGGAGAACUUGCUGAUGUUCUAGCUGAGGCUGUUGUUGAUAGGGGAAUUGACCUGAUGGGUUUUGAGCCUCAUCAACAGCUUAAAGACUGGACAUUCAGCGAUGAAGCAGAAAGGGUCCCUUGUGAGGACAGCUUUGGGGAGUUUGCUGGGGUAAUUGGAGGGCCAAAAGGGGGAUACAGACUCUCUGAAAAUUCCAAUUUUAGCAAGGUGGCUGAGAUGGAGUUUGAAGGAGAUGAACGAAAUAAUCCCAGAACCUUGAUUACCUUCAGGGAUGAGAACCCAGGUCUUGCCGUCUUGGUGAUGCUCACAGAUUUUGAAAUGGUUACCAAAUCUGUAGGAGUGAAAAGAUAUGGACUUCGGAAACUUGCAAUUGGGCAAGAGGCGGAAGGAGAAUUGCAGUGGAAUCACUUCUGCCAUCCGCUUCUGCGGUCCGACUACUAUCCCUACCAUGAGGAACCACCAUAUGAUACCCCGUCUAGAAACUUUGGAUAUUCUCCAUACCAAGAUCCUGAUGGGGAGGAUUAUUAUGAACCUCAUGGUGAUCAAGAUGACUAUGACCAAUCUGGGCCUAUGUAUGACAAUCAACCUGAUCCUCUCGUCGAAGAAAUCGUAAGAUUAGAGCAGAAGAUCAUCUAUUUCGACGAGGUUUUAUUCGCUGAAGGCUCCUGGUACGAACCACCUUACUCCCGUGACUACACUUUGUUUGCUGAAGAACAAAUUGAAGCAAACAAGGUGGCAAUUCGAGAAAGAGCAAAACUUCUUGAAUCAGUCCGGAAGGAAAAGGAGUCCGAGAGGAGAUUAUGCGAAGGAUCAGAAAUAAUGGAGAAAAUGCAAGAAGACGACUUUCAAAGAGAGAGACUAGAAGCUGAGUCUAAAGCCGAUAAAUUAGUCAAUGAUCUAUGUAUGGCUGUUGAACUUAAACGCUCCCUCCAAUCUCAAGACCAAAUAAGGGAGAUUAAUGUUCAAAAAGAGGCUCUAGGACCUAAGACCAACCCUGAACCCGUCAACCAACAGGUUCCAGUUCUAGAAGAUUCACCCAGUUUUUCACCAUCACAGAAACCCGAGAGCAUAACAACUCUCGCUAGGGCUACUGUGGUGAUGUUACCUAAAUCCCUUCCUAGCCAAGUCACAACCAGCAUAGUCGUACAAAAGGUGGAACCAACUGAGGGACCUGACUCAGAACCACCUAUGCUUAGUCAAGAAAAGGAGGAGGAAGUUUUGCCUAUAGCAAUAAACAACCAUCUCCUUAAUUGUCUUGAAGACACACCUCCAGAGGAACCUGUUCUAGAGGAGAUUGAGCCCACUACAAGCCCCCAAGAUUCCAAUGUCCGCGAGUCUAAGGAGGAACCUAUAGAUGAAGAAAAGCCAACUCCGUCUAUAGAAACCUACGCAAUCAAUGAUUCAUCUUCAGACCAUACUUUCUUUGACUCCCUACUUGACGG